AGAUAAUUGUGCAUUACAAUUAUUUUAGUUUCGUAAAACAAAAUUUUCCGUUUUCGAAUCGGAUAAUGGCUAAUACAGAAAUUUCGGCACAAGUUAAACCCUCGUUCACCUCUUUAAGAGAUGAAUUAAUUUCUUACCAAUACUUAGGCAGUGGUUCUUUCGGCACCACGUUUAAAGUGAUUUUACCCCAUGAGGAAUCCUUCGCGGUGAAACAAGUUUGCGUGGAAGAUUACAAAAAGUUAUUUCAACAUGAGGCAAACCCAAUGAAAAAAAUCCUGCGGGAAAUUACCAUCCUGGAAAAGCUGUCUGGUGGUGGUGGGUGUAACUUUGUUUUGAAAUACUACUCACACUGGCUUGAAGGGCCGGAUAAGGAUGAUUUCGAUAAGCUCAACUCGAUCGAAGACUACUCAUCAUCCGGACCCAGAAAGAAUUGGCUUUUUAUCAAAACGGAAUUCUGUAAUGGAGGAGAUUUAAUGGACUGGAUGGACAAGAAUAAUUCUCCAUAUUCCCGACUUAUUCGGCAGGUUAGGACUUUUAUUCACCAACUUUUGGAAGCUUUGACGUUCAUUCACGGACAAAAAAUAGUCCACCGGGAUAUAAAACCUGCCAACAUCUUUCUUAAGAAGAUGGAAGUCUCGAGAAAUCUUGACCUAGUUUUGGGAGAUUUUGGUUUAGGCCGCGAACUAAAAGAAGGUGCGAACAAGUGCACGACCGUCAGCGUGGGGGGCGAAACGGUACCGCAGUCCAGAGAUGGUCCAAGGGGCAGGGGAGCUACAAUGAGAAAACUGACGUUUUUUCGGUUGCCGUUGUCUUUAUUGAGCUAAUUCUUCCCGGAGGAAGUAUCGAUGGGAUGACAAACAUUAAGGCGGAGGUCCUUGACCUUUUGCAACAACCAAAUAACGGGCUGAUAUUCUCAAAAUUGUAUGCCGACCAGUACCCCUUGGAAUUAAAACUUUGCCAAAAAAUGGCCGAGUACUACCAUGAAAAGAGAUAUAGCUCUGGACAAGCCCUGGAUCGGUUUCUUGAUAGAGAAAUGUUUAUGCAAGAAUUGGAGACGGAAAAAAAAUUUGAAGCAAUGGUUCGAUACAACGUUCCGUUCCCUCGCUGGAAAUUUUUUGGUCCGGAUGCCGAACUAAAGAUGCUGGAGGACGGUUUAACUCUGUAAAAUUUCCACUCAAUUUGGAUCGACGGAAUAAUCGGUUCAGGAAAAACCGAGCUUGUGUCUACCUUCUUAAGUAGAAAUCUGGCUCACGCCUUUUGGUUAGUUGGAGAUGUGGUGGAAGCAAUUAAGGAAUAUUUAAAGGAUGAGAUGGAAAACGGGGUUGAGAAUUAUUUUGACAAAUUCGGAGAAAAGUUAAAAAGUGUGAAGAAUGUCGAGCCGUCACUCCCUCUAAUAAUAGUGCUUGAGGACGUUGACGAAGAAAAUAUAUUCGUCUCGAUUUCCUCGUUACUGUCAACCUUUGAAUUUACCACCUUAAUUAUUAUUUCUCGUUAUGGGUAUGCAUGCAUCGAAGAAGAAGUGUCGGACAUGAACGAGCCAUCCGUUCAAAUUAAUCUGGAUUCACUUAAUCCUGAAGCUGCCCUUGAAAUGUUGCAAAGUUGUUUAGACCCGUAUAUCAAUGUGCAGGAGAAAGAUUACGAAGAAGUUGCAAAACUGGGCGAGAUUUCGCCCCAACUUUACCACCAUCCCGGUCUAAUCAGGGCAUUUUGCGACGUAUUUAAAGAAACUCAACCCUCACAAAACCCCCUAUCCUUGAAUUCGUCUGUCAACAUGUUACUGCGACAGAAGGAAGAUCUUCUUUACUCAAAGGGAAAAGAAAAUAGUUUACUCGAAGAAUGGGAAAAAUUUACAUUGAAAGCAUUUCAAGCUGAGCCGGAAUCCCUUUUUCUCCUUCAAGCCAUGUCAGUCUGCUAUUCAGCCGAGGAUUCGGUCGGACAUCAACAUCUCCGCGACCUAUGCGCCACUCUGGGCGAAGUCGGCCAAGGAUACUUCGGCGAUCGGAAGGAUUUUGGCAGCGAUGAUUUCUCCGAUUCUCUCCACACCUUAAUGCAAUACGGCCUUAUAAAAUCGAGUUGCGUCGAUAUGUACCGGAUGAGCGUGCCUGUGUUAAAAAUCCAUCCACUAGUGCGCCAGCUGGUUACGGAACAGCUGGAAGCUUCUGCACAUGGAGAAAACUUCUUAAAACGGAUGUUCUCCAUUAGAACCAUGGAGGGUUUGGAAUCUUCAAUUGGACCACCAGCCGUACUUUGUGCCGUGUGGGAGUGGUGUCUAACAGCUAAGACGAAAGAAUUGAAACAAACGCAAGACUUUAGAGAAACUACUGUCGCCAUUGUUAAACGAUGUAGCCAUUUCCCGCUUUGCCCUUACUCGAAGGAAACCUUAAAUAAGCUGGUGCUGACGGAAUAUAUUUUUUUGGACGAUAUAAAAGAAGCAUUUGGACAAGAUGACUUGGCCGUCAAGAUCCUUCAGUGCCACAGUCUUCUUAGGAAGUUGAGGCAAGAUGGCAGUUACCUUAGGCCGAAGCAGGGUUGCUUUGAGAAUUUUAUUACCUUAUGUGAAUCCCUUAGGGGAGAGAAAUCCCUAAAAGUAAAGGUUUGCAAUGAAGCAUGUCCUCUUCUGGCCUUGUUUGUUAUGCAGUACCCAAAGUUGGCAUCACUUGACAAAAUUCUGUCCUGGAUACUCAAGAGUGGAGCGACCGGUUUCGGUUUGGAUUUUGUCAUUAUCGCGUUCCUCUCUGUGUUUGACCCUCACCGAAAUCAAAGCACGGAUAUGCAACGAAACUUAUUAGCAAAAUUAGGUGAAGCCAUGGAAAACAAGUAUAUGCAAGUUAAGCGUAUGCCAAACAAAUAUUUCUUCAUCAUUCAAAUAUUGGUCCUACUUAUGGAAGAAAUUGCGAAAACAACUUUAAUCAAAAAUGAGGAUGCUGUAAAGUUUCUAGCCAACUAUGGGAAACUAUGUCGAAUUCUGGAAACACAAAGUUUUAAAGUUGGAAUUGCCACGUGUAACUGGCUGAUAGAUACGGACACGGAGGAUAAGGCAAUAAUGUCUUGGUGGGCAGAGGCGUGUCUGUUAUCCUCUCGGAGAGGACUACCUUUCAUUGUUAAAGUGCUGCUAAAUUUUUUUCGAUAUGAUAUAAACGUCUGUAACUCUUUCCUUUUCCACUUUAAGCGCGAUUUCAAGAAGGUUUUGUCCAUAAAGUUAACUCAUGCAGAUGCCGCGGAUUUAAAUGCUAGAGCUGCUCUUGUUCCAAAUUUAAUGUUGGAAUAUUUGGACAAUCAAGUACAAACUGGGGAACUAGUUUUUGCUAAAAAAUCUAUUCAAGUCUUUUUAAGUAACCCAGACAUACCGAUAACUGAAGGGGAUCUUGUCUCCAAUCUAUACGGAAUUAUGGGGCCUCUUCAUAAAUUUCGAAUCUGAGGCUUUGAUAAAACACUUAGUUUCAGAAAGGUUACAGCUUCCUGUCGGUGAACGAGAUGUAAUAUCCCUGAUCAAAGGCUCGUUUUUCUGGCUCACACGAUCUAGCUUGGCGGAAUUGCCAGAAACACUGAUUGAGAGCUUGACACAAAAAUUGGUAAAUACAAAAUUAAAAGAAUUUCUCCCUCAGCUCGAUGGGGAGAUCGAUACAAAUUUUAAUUUCCUGUGGCCCCUGCUCUUAUUUUCAAAAUCGGAAUGUCUACACUAUCAGAGCGACAAUUUCUUCAAGAACUUAGAAUUAAUUGUCGACUCUUCAAGUGGGGAAGGUUUGAAGCAGAUGGUCACCAUUUUCUGCAAAUACAUACAUUUUGUGGAUCCCAAUAACAAGAAAAUUUUAAAUGCUGCACUUCUCCUGCUUGAUUUAUUAGUCAGGAAAGAAGUCAAAACUCCAAUGGGUGAAGAAUAUGUUCACCAAAUAGUGAAAUUUUAUGCGAAAACAAUGCUCAAAGUGAAAUAUUUUGGAGUAACCAAACUCACCAAAAAACUUAUUCCGCUCGCGUAUAAAUUCGAUUUAGCGCACACUGCUUUGAGCACGGUUUGUGUCGAGAUUCUGAAAAAGUUGGGAAACCCCAGGGAGGCUCGAGUCCUUACAAAUUUUGGGAGGUUGGCUGAGCCAAAAUAGAAUUCAGAAUUUUUCAUUCUUUAACGAAACCGUGACUGUUACAUCUUUUCGAGAAGAAAUUCUCAGAAUUUACAAGACAUUUAUAAGAAUUGGUGUUGGAGAAAUUUAUCCGAUAGAAAUGGCCAUGGUUUUGUUAGCUCAUGCAUCUCUUGAUAACGAUAGUUGGGCUGAAUUUGGGAGAAAAGUGCUUUCCCAGGUGUUGAUGUAUUUCGCAAAAAAAGGGCAGAAAGACAAAAUUCUGCAAUGUUUCCAAGAAACAGAAAUUUGGUCUGGUAAAAUUUCAGUAAUGAUGGAACAAGAAUUUAAUAAAAUACUUGAAUCUAUAUUUCCCGAUGAAAUGUGGUCGAUUAAAUCUUUGCAGCAAGAAAAAAUAACGCAUCUUUUUGCAGGCGUGGGAGAAAUUACUGAAAUCCAAGAGCAUGACUUUUUCUCUAUUUAAUAAAUCAAGUCAAGUACGCUAUUAUUCCAAUGUUGUUUCGUCUUGAUAAUUAUUUACCACUUAUUGACCUAAGUACACGUGUGUAAGUGUAUUUGUUCAUUUUAGUAGGUUUAUGUGAGACACACAAUCACGUAUUAUUAAUACAGAGCUAAAUAAUCGAUCGGUGCAAAUCGGUUGCUUUUGCUUGAAUAAUUUAUAGAAUUAAAAUUAAGCAACGACAAUACAUGCAGGGUGGUAAUACCGAUCGAUGAUACAAAUAAGUACGCUAUAUGCUCUAAAUACAUCAAGGUCUAAGUGUCACAAUAAACAUACCGUGUUACAAACAAAAACUUGA